CUUGUGUGUUCUUCAUCUUACCCAAAUUGUUCCCUGGGCCGGGACGAGCCCUAAAACGCAGCACACGCCCACGAUACUUUCCGACGAUAUCACCACCCAUCUGGAGCUAUGGUCGACUCCAUCUAUUUAUUUUGCCUUUUCCUUGUUGUUCACGUAUGGGCAGAGCCGGGGAUGUUCUACAACCCCCCGACCGGCGGGCCGAUCCACGACUAUUCCGAGGACCCCGUCUACACCCUCGAGCAGACAGUGCAGCUACGAUGGGCGACCAGCCUAAAGUACUUCUCCUUGAUGCUCUGGCAGAACGAUAACCCGGACUACGAGUGGCUGCAGACCAACCUCCAUGGAGUAACAAGCUACGACUGGAUCGUCAGCACCCAGAGAAAUCUCAGCGACGGGGCCGUGUUCUUCUUCCAGAUCCGAGACGCCACUGAUUUGGACAACGAGGACGGUAUUUUUGCAAGUCAUUACUUCAAUAUCACCGGGAAGGAGACUACCACGACGGCAGCUGGAGCCUCGACGACGACAAGGACGACGGCAUCCACGUCCGCUCCGACUAUAUCUUCUGUGGCUCUGACUGCAUCGGUUGCUGUCACCGCGUCCACUGUCCCUGCGGAGACUACAACUCCAGCAGCGACGCCUUCUGGAACGAGUACUGGGACCAAAGUUGGGAUUGGCGUGGGUGUGGGGGUGGGUUGUGCGCUGUUGGGGGCGAGCGCGUUGGCAUGGUAUCUGCUUCGACGGCGCAAGAAGGAGUCGGGAAGUGAGACGAGGGCUCCAAUGAGUCCGGCAAGUGGAACAGUGCCGUCGUAUGAGCUGCUGGCAUCGCCUAAAGUGGCAGAAUCUUCCCAUGCACCUGUACCGACAUUAGUGGAGAUGUCGGGUCCUGUCGAGAGUAGAUACGAGCUGCCGUCGUGAAGUCAGAGCGGAUUUUCAACUACGCUUAUCACCAGAGCGUGAGUUUAUAUGAACUACGUGCCAUAAUAAAUCUGUACGGCAGUGUGUCGGAAAUCCC